GGCGGAGGCGGAUUGCACCCCAGCAGCGGGGAAACUGCGGACUUCGCCGGCCCAGUGAGGGAUCCGCGGGGCUUUUUGAACAGAGUCCCUGGGAGAACGCGGACCGUGUGCAUUCCUAGGACCCAAGCAGGCAGAGUUCCGAGCCCCAGACAGAAAGGAGAGGACUGGAAUGGAAGGAGAACCGACCAGACUGAAGGGCCACAUUGCAGUUUUUAACAAGAAAAAGAAAAGGUCUUCUGCCUCUGAGGACAGACCCCAGAAACAUGCCCGCGAGCACCUCAGAGAGCCCUCUGCGGCCAGUGAAGAGCCCGGGGUAACUAAGAGGAAGAAGAGGAGGAAGGAUUUCCAACACCUUACCUCUUCCCCUUUAAAAAAUUCAGAAACCUUCCCUGAAACCAAAAAGAUCCCUUCUCCCCACAAAAGGAAGAAAAAGAGGAGGCACGUUUGGGAGGUGGACCGGGAGACCGGUAUCAUCCUUGUGAAUAAAGAGAACAUCCAGAACCUGCUGAAGAAACGCAGAACGGACGUGGAUAUCGUGUGUGUUGACCUGAGCGAGAAGUCAGCAGGGGGGCAGCCCGCCGCUGUCCAAGCCCCAGACCCGCGCGGGGACCCAGACCCUGCCCCAGGACCGCGCCGUGAAGGUCGCAGCAGGAGGAGGAAGGGCCGGAGGAAAGCCGCAUCCCCUGCGGAUGCUGCACAGGGAGGCCAGCAGGCGAGCGCCGCCCCGCUGCGGUCAGAGCCCCCCACACCAACAUCCUGGUCUUGUGCGCCUCUGGAAGUCCGGGACCCAGAGCUGCCGGUGUCUACUACAAAGAAGUCUAAGAAAAAAAAGAAAAAGGUGUCGAGAAACCGGGCAUGGGAGGCCGUGUCUGAGCAUCUGAGUGACAGGUGCCCUGAAGGGGAGGUUGAGACUGGAGAAGGCAGUGGCGUACCUAAAAGGGUCAAGGAUUCCCACAGUAUCACGGCAAAGUCUAAGAAAAGGAAGCGGGUGUCCUGUGGAAUCGCAGCGUCUGGCGAUGUCUCAGUGCCUGAGGAUGGUGCAAACAGGCUUUUGGAUCCAGCAGAGGGCGGGCACACCUUAAAGGAAAAGGAUGCAGACCACAGGCCAAAGAAGGCCAAGACCCUGGCCUGUUCAGCAGAGAAACUCAGGGGAGAGAUGCAGAGGUCAGAACCUUCAAAUGAAGAAGAAAGCAACUCGGAAUCAGCUAGAGACUCUGUGUCCAGAUACCCCUCCGAAGAUUCCGAUGAGUCUGAUGUGGAUUUGGGCUCUGCUGUGAGGCAGCUCCAAGAGUUCAUUCCUGACAUAAAGGAAAGGGCGGCCACCACAAUCAGACGAAUGUAUCGGGAUGACCUGGGGCGCUUCAAAGAGUUUAAAGCUCAAGGAGUUGCUAUUAGAUUUGGCAAGUUUUCUGUUAAGGAAAAUAAACAAAUAGAGAAAAAUGUGCAGGAAUUCCUGUCCCUGACUGGAAUUGAGACUGCAGACAAGCUGCUGUACACAGACCGCUACCCAGAGGAAAGGGCUCUGAUCACCAAUUUAAAACGAAAGCACGCCUUCAGACUGCACAUCGGAAAAGGCAUUGCCCGGCCCUGGAAACUCGUGUACUAUCGAGCAAAGAAGAUAUUUGACGUGAACAAUUACAAAGGCAGGUACAACGAAGAAGACAUGGAGAAGCUGAAGGCAUACCACUCCCUCCAUGGGAACGAUUGGAAGAAGAUUGGGGCGAUGGUGGCCCGGAGCAGCCUCUCAGUCGCCCUCAAGUUCUCUCAGAUUGGGAGUCAAAGAAAUCAUGGCGCGUGGAGUAAGGCAGAGACCCAGAAACUAAUCAAGGCUGUGGAAGAAGUUAUCCUAAAGAAAAUGUCUCCCCAGGACUUAAAAGAACUGGAUUCUAGACUCCAAGAAAACCCUGAAGGCCGCCUGUCAGUCGUCCGGGAAAAGCUCUACAAGGGCAUUUCCUGGGUGGAAGUGGAAGCCAAAGUGGAAACCAGAAACUGGAUGCAGUGCAAAAGUAAGUGGACAGAAAUUCUAACCAAGAGGAUGACACAUGGUGGGUUUGUGUACCGUGGGGCCAGUGCUCUGCAAGCCAAAAUCAACCUUAUUGAAAGGUUAUAUGAACUAAAUGUGGAAGAUGUUAAUGAAAUAGAUUGGGAAGCUCUUGCCAGUGCCAUAGGGGAUGUCCCUCCAUCUUAUGUUCAAAUUAAAUUUUAUAAGCUGAAAGCUUCCUGCGUUCCUUUUUGGCAGAAAAAGACUUUUCCAGAGAUCAUCGACUACUUGUAUGAGACCAGUCUGCCUUUGCUUAAAGAAAAAUUAAACAAGAUGAUGAAGAAAAAAGACAUCCAGAUCCAGACGCCCUCAACUCUUAAGCAAGAUUUUCUGUUCAAAGACAUCUUCUAUUGGGACGACGGCAGUGAGGGAGAGGAAGGGGAGGACAUGGAGGAGCACAGCUGAGCACAGGUCACUCCUGUCCUGUUUCUGUGUUAUGGUUUGGUUGUGCUUAUACACUUGUGUCAGUCGGCCGGAGACAAUCAACUCAGAAAAAAGGUUUCUUUGGUUCUGGAGGCUCCAUGAGCUGCUCGUGCCAUUGCUUUGAACCUGUGGGGAAGUGGCGCAUCCUGACUAGAAGAUGUGACAGUAGAGGUGCUCACACAGCCCAGAAGCAGGAGAGAGCAAGGGGGUCCUGCAGUCCCUUUUAUGGCUUACCCCCAGUGAUCUAAAGAAUGCUCAGUAGGCCCUGCCAUUUCCCAGCGGCACUGCCCUGGGGACCCAGCCUUUCAUAUGGGGGCCUUUGGGGACUAGAAGCUAGGAAAGCGCUUAGCACUGACAUUAAAGAUCAGGCAAUGGCCAGAAGAGCAUUGAAAUGUUGCUGGGGAGAUGACUCAGUCUGUGAAGUGCUGGCCUCACAAGCCUGAGGACCCACGUGAGAUCACCAGGCCUCACACACAAAGCCAGGCAUAGUGGCACGAACUCCUGUGAUUCCAGUGCUUGGCAGGUGGAAACAGGUGGGUCCUUAGAGCUAGCUGGCCAGCCAGCCCAGUCUGAUUUUACCCAGUGAGAACCUUGCCUCAAAAGACAAUAUGAGGAGGCCAGAGAGAGCCGGUUAAGAGCACUGGCUGCUUUUGCAAAGGACCCAGGUUCGAGUCCCAACACCCACAUUGUGGCUAACAACCUUCCAUAACUCCAGUUUCAGAGGCAAUCUGACUCCUUUUUUGGCCUCCCUGGGCAUUGCAGGCAAAACACUGAUAUACACAAAAUAAUUUUUUUUUAAUGGGGGAUGGGACCACUCCUGAGGAAUGACGUAAGAGAUGGCUCUCUGGCCUACACACACGCACAUGCACACAUUUUAAAAGGAUCAGUAUUCCUAUUCACUUGUUUGGUUGUGAAGACAGGAGCAUAUGAAUUGAUUUUUCUGUGUCAUUAUAUGGAAAAUAAUUACACUGAUGAUCCCAGAGAGCCCAAACAGCCCCAGUCCCUCCGGUAGUAGCAGGUGGAGUCACAGUGUGGACACUCCCCAUUGCUGAUCCCAGUGUUUGCAUGCACAGUGAAAACGAGGCCAUCCCUUUCUGGUCUGUCUGAUCUGACUCCUCACUGCACAUCUCGUCCUUGAGGAGGCUGCUGGUGACUGAAGAUCCUACUUCUAUUCUUCCCUCCCCAGCUGGUUACCAAGUUGAUGUGGUGGUCAUUUAGAGCUGAGCACUUUCUGGAAAGAUGCCAGCUGUUAGUCUUGGAAGAGGCUGUCAGACUGACAACUCCCACUGGAGUCUUGGGACAGGUUGAAGGCAGGCUUCUGUCGGUCAAGAAAGCAGGACCACUGUAGAUAUUUCAGAGAACUACUGCAGGGCUAGCUAGCAAAAUUAUUCAAUAAAAUCUGUACACAGAGUUACACACCCAUUAUCCCAGCACUUAGGCGGCAAAGGCAGAGGGUCACAGGAGUGAGACACCCUCCCACAUACACACACUGUUAAGUGGGAUGUAGGCACCCACCGGGAUGGGUGCAUUGCCCAGACAGCAGCCCCUGCAGAGAAGCCACUAUGGCCCUGUGUGGCUACCCAUCACCCAUGUGCUCUAGGCUGCUGUCUGCUGCUCCCUGCAGUGGCCUGUGCUCCUGCCUUCUGGUCUCACAGUGCCAGCCCCUUGUAGGCCCCUGUUGCUGGGGAGUCUGAGAGAUCCUGACCUGUCUGUACAGGGAGCAGCAGAGAAGAUGGCUUGGUGACAGUGGUAUCCCCAACUUCACCGUCCCCACACUCAGAGGUCAUCUGCGCGGCACCAUUAGGUGGAUUAAUGACCUGCGAAGCUAGGCAUGCCUGCAGACCGUCUACUAGAAGGAAGAUGGACAAGAGGGUCUGCUGUGCCAGUGUCCCCAGUGUUUCACCGGGCAGACACUCAGCACUGGGAAGGCAGGGGCAGGAAGAUUAGGAGUUCAAGGUCAUCCUUGCCUUGGCCCUGCCUCUGGCCAGCCAGCCAAAAGAUUCAGUAAGAGAGAUGUCUUCGUAGUAAGAAGACAUUUGCUCUGUCCACCCUCAGGCCUUCCAUCUCCAAGGUGACACUGUGACUUACUCCUUUCAGAUACAUCAAAGCCUGGAGGGAACAUACUCUGUACCAGGAGUUCACUUCUAGGAAUUUGCCCUCAGUAAGAGAACUAAUAUAUAAAUGUCAUAUUUGUGAUAGAGAAUACAGAAAAAAAUAUAAAUGUUCCUUAAUAGGAAGUUUGUGAAGUUAUGGUGUCCUAAAAUGGACUAUGAUGUAAGUUAAUAUGAUAAUGAAAAGAUAUUUUCCUGAAAUAUUCAGAGGAAUAUUUUUUUCUCAAUUUUGUAAAAAUGAAAAAUAAAAGAAAUUGAUUGUUUACACAGAUGUAUUAAAAUGACCUCAAAGUAUGGACAGUGGUCUCUGGACAGCUCAUGGGCUACAGCACCUCUUGUAACUGCACAAGGAGCCAUGGAACUCAGAGACUCGGAGCCCCAAAGACCGCAGCUCUCCAGCUUAGCAUCUGGGCUUCUCUGGGUCCUUAGUCCCCGAGGUCGGCUUCUGGGCUGGUUCUUCAGGUCCCUUCUCUAGAGGCCAUCUUACCCUCUGCCCACGCAGGACAGCCUGGCUUCCGCAGUGCUGCCCCAGAAAAGCAGCAGGGGCCCCCACGGCUGCAGGCUGGCCCCAGCUGCCGUUCCCCCAUCCAAAUGAGGGCGCACUCCAGGCAGAGCUGGCAGCAUGGCAGGAAAGCGGGCUUGGCUGAAGCCAGGGGCUCAGCUCUGAGGUCAGGACCCCAGUGGGACGUCAGGGUCACAGGAGCAAGAAAAGGUGAAUGUGCCUCCAGGACACAGCACACACAUGCACAAAGCAGCCGGUCACGACUAGAGUCACAAAUGUUGCCCAGUAAGCCUGUGUGCUGCUUUGUUUUUAUAUCUUUUUCUUGCUUUUACUUCCUAUGCCUCCAUCCCCCCAAAAUCCAUUCAAAUCACCCAUUGCCAAUCACUCCACUGCCGAACAAACCACCUUCUUGGCAAUAAUAUAGUCCAGGGACUAGGAGGAGAAGGCAGGCAGGUACAUUGUGUGACAUCAUUUCUGUAGAAAAAUGAACAAACAAAUGUCUACCCCCCCACAUGGAGAACUAACAACAAACCAAAGUAAGGAUACUACCAAAAUCCAACUUGGUGAACAGAUGCAUUUUACUGGGGCUUCUUACAAGAGUAGGGGUGAGGGCUUACUCCAGGAGCAGAAAUGAUUCAAAGACAGCUGCGUCACCAAAAGCCCAGCCCAGCACGCGUGACAGCUCACGAAAGCAGGAGGCCUGGAGUGCUGCGCAACCUGCAGGCAGCUGGACGGGUUGGAGUGCGUCCUUUCCAGGGAGCCGCCUUGUCUGAUCCUGUCUUGGCAGUUGUGGGGAGGGAGAGUCUAGUAACACCUGGUCAAUUCCAGGGACUUCUGGAAGCUAUGCAGUUGUCUGCUUCCUGAGCUUAAGGACUUUCCCUGUAGGAUGGAAUGUUUUCCAAAACAUCCUGUUGUUGGGGGACAGAGAGAUGCGUCAGUGGUUAAGGGCACUGGCUGCUCAUAUAUAACUGGUACUUGAAGAGCCAGAAUUGUCUGACUCCAUUUUGGCUAGCUUCUUCAGACAAGCCCGGACAAGCUCAGGCAUAUUGUAAAUCUUUCCAGUUGCUAUCCCCCUGCCCCCAGGAAGCUAUAAAUUAAGCAAGCCCUGGACAUGUAAAAGCCUUAUAAGGGAUGAACAAAAACUUCUGGCCCCAAAAGAUAUCAGUCAGCACAUUCCAAUGCCCUGAAGACAGCCCCUACCAAUCAAGACUUACCCCGUAUUCAGGAUAUGGGGACAUCCAAUUAUUUUAAAAGAUGCUUGGCGCACGCGGGUUUCUGUGAAGUUCCCCAAUAAAAGCCCCUGCCUGCUGUUUUUUGGGGCCAGACUCCGUCUUUGGCUUGUGUAGUCUGUGCCCGGCUGGCCGCCAUUUGGUUGUUUUUACUUUAAAUUCCUUAAUAAACUUUUUGUAUAAUC